AUGCCACCCUGUCUCCACAUUGCAGUCACGGAUGGGAAGGACUACGUCCGAUUACUGAUGUCUGGCUUCUCGCCGAAAUACUGCGGUUGGUUGCCGUUUAGGCGGGAGCCCUACUCCGUCUGUGUUCGAAGUGUCAAUCGCUUCGCUGCCUACACGGAGAAGUGUUUCAAUGAUAUUCAGGAAUCAAUGAAAGGCUACGUCUACCUGCCCUUCCUUGUUGUUGUCAUGGUUUGUUGGGUCUUCUUCUUCCUGUUCAUGCCGGAGACGAAGAACCGCACUUUUGACGAGGUUGCCAGAGAUCUGGCCUUUGGCACCAUCGUCGUGGGCCGGCGUACAGCUGCUCUCCAGACUACCAUUACAUCUCGGUUAAAACUGGUGCUCCUUCGAAGACCUGAAUCUGCGUUUUCAGAAUUCGAGCUGCCGGAAUUGAGCAAAAUGAGGUAUUGCGGUGUCCACUUUCGGUUCUACUUCGCGUCAUGA